AUGACAUUGAAAAAUUCUAUGAAUUACUCCCAAAUGGAUUUGUUCUCUACCAUUUAUAACGAUUUGAAAUCUUCUUCACCUCCUUCGUUUCAUAAAGUCAGAAACAACAGCAAGGAUAAACAACAAUAUGAUGAGAAAGGAUGGCCUGUUUACAAAUGUGAGUUUUGUGACAAAGUAUUCACCACUGGCCAAGCACUCGGCGGUCACAAGACUUGUCAUCGCUCCAACAAGCAACAGAUACAUGGUGAUAAGGCUCACAAAACUAUCAAGAUCACUUUCUUUUUAUCUUCUUCUCCAAGUUAUCCUAAUAACGGUGAUGCCAAACUGAAAAGGCAUUCACCUGCUGCAUUGGAGCCUUGUCAACAAGAAGAGUUACCAGCUGUUGACUUGUUGAGUUAUUUGCCACCAAGAUUGUAUAAUACCAAGAAAAGGUGCAGGAGAUAUCUUAUUGAUCAUGGAGUUUCUAAUAAUGCUCCUCCAAUACCGUCGUUGGAUAUGUCUCGCGAAUCAGUUGCGAAUCUUGAUUUAAAUCGUUCUGAGUAUAAGAGGAUGAAAAUUUCAAGCAAUGGGAAUGAAACUGAGAUGAUGCAGAAACCAUUUGUGCCGCUAACAAGUGAUGGUAUUGAUGAAACAGUGGGGAAGGAGGAGAAGAACCUGAGCGAAGGUGAAACAGCGGAGUCAAGAGUUGUUCGAAACUUUGAUUUGAACGAGCUCCCGACUAAUGAUCCUGAAGAAGAAUGA